CCGCCCCACGACGCCCGCACCCAAUGAGAGCGGGGGGCGGGACUAAGCCUGCCUCCGCCCUGCACCUGCUCCCGGCGGAGUCACGUGAUUGGGGCGGCCGCUGCGGGAGUCACGUGGAAUCGGGUUACCCCUCUCCUGUGCGGGGCGGGUGGGGUCCUGAUGCAAGGCCCCCAAGUAGGGCUGCACGUCACGCUGCCUGUAGGCCCCGUGCGGGCACAGCCAGGGAGGACGCGGGCCGUCGGUUAACCCCUUUGUCUUUCCCGGGGCGGGGGAACAGUUCGCUGCGACACACAUUAGCUCCCCUCCUCCCGCCGAGGUGUUUUCCCUGUCAGGCACCGGGUAAGGCCACUAGCUACGGUGGCCGAGAGGGGCACGAGGCGGCAGGAAGAUGGCGGCGACCUGGCUGUGUGGGUCUGGUGCCCUGAGAGCGGUGUGGCGAGGCUGUCUCUCAUUACCAGUGAAUAGGAGUGGCUGUCACUAUACGAACCUGGCAUGGGCUCUACAGACUCAUUGUUACAUUUCUGCUCCCCGUAGCGUGACAAUACAACAAUGCAGGCAAAGCAGCUUUUUCAACAAAUUGACAGCUGAUGAGCUGUGGAAAGGGGUUUUGGCAGAAACCGGUGCUGGAGCAAAGAAAGGAAGAGGAAAGCGAACCAAGAAAAAGUUCAGGAGGGAUCUCAAUAGAGGCCAGAUCAUUGGAGAAGGACGUUCUGGUUUCCUUUGGCCUGGUCUCAAUACUCCUGUAAUGAAAAGUGGGGCAGUCCAGACAAUUGGUCAGCGAGACAAAGAGGAGCAGGAGAAGGUGCAGUCUGAAAUUAUCCAGCAGAGGGAUGAGUGGGAGAAGAAAAGAAAAACAAAGGUGAAGAGAGAGAGAGGCUGGACUGGAAGUUCCUGGGGAGGCAUCAGUCUGGGGCCCCCUGAUCCAGAUCCUAAUGGAGAAACUUACGAAGACUUUGACUCCAGGGUAAUUGAGGUGAAAAAUGUAUUUAAUAUGACAGCAAAGGAGGGAAGAAGAAGAUCAGUUAGUGCCCUAGUGGUUGUUGGAAAUGGAAACGGGGCUGCAGGUUUUGCAGUGGGGAAGGCAAGUGACAGGAUGACAGCUUUAAGAAAAGCAAAGAACAGAGCAGUUCACUAUUUACACUAUGUAGAGCGAUAUCAAAACCACACAAUUUACCAUGAUAUUUCAACAACUUUUAAAAGAACAACCAUCCGGAUGAAAAAGCAAAACAAAGGUAAUUAAAAACUGGCUUGGCGC